AUGUCUACGCCGAGGCGAUCGGUUUCGCCCUCGGCUUCGGAGCCAUCAGAAGAAGAGGAUGACUACUCCGAGCCCUCUCCCGAGACCAACAUCAGAGACUGCGAAUACAAGAAAUGGGGCUUUGUGAUCUACCGAACCACGUAUGACGACGCCUCGACCAAGCCUUGGGCUGCUUUUAAAGAGCGGGUCUUGGGCAACCUGCGCAAAUCCAUUCUUGAGUCCGACGCCCCGGAAAUCCUCGACAAUAUGGACAUGAUUUUUGUCGAUGACCCCGUCCUUGAAGGUGUCUCUGUCGGAGACCUGCAGCACCGCUUCCGGGCUUGGGUCCAAGAAGAAAACAUGGUGCCUUUCGAGACGCCCGGCGGCAACGGGAAUGAAAGUGUCUACGUGCCGCGCGGUGCGAGGCACGAGUUCUUCAUCAAGGUCGACGAUGUCGGCCUACAUGCCUCAUUCGCAAGCCUUGUUCGCGGCUUUCCGGAGGACACCGAUGAGGAGGGCCGCGAGCAUCUCAAGGUCUGGCAUCACGCCAUCGGGACUGAACUGUAUGAUGAGCUGGGCGAUCCUAAUGCUGCUUGGACUGGACGAUACUACAGGUUUUUACCUAGGCAUCUAGUUGCUCAGGGCUAUUAA